AUCCCCCUCCUUGUUUUUUACAUACUAUAUAAAUUUGCCUCAGAAUCCAGUUUUGUUUUAAUCUCUUCCUUAAUUACAAUCAUUAAUGGACGCAAAUCUAAAAAAUAAAUUAAUAUUUGUUCAUGGAGGGCUUAUGGUUUUUGUAUGGCUGAUUGCUGUACCUCUAGCCAUUGGCAUCAACAUGUAUGCUCGAAAGAAAGGAAAGCCCUGGGGUCCCAAAGUUCAUAUGAUCAUCAUGGCAAUUGCCGCUUUUGUUCCUUAUACGACCUCGGCUAUCAUUGCCUUUGUUGUAUCUGGUGAAUUUAAGCCUAGACCUCAUUCCGGCAUUGGAACAGCUUUAUCGUUUGGUUUAUGGACACAAGUUGCCUUGGGCAUUAUCAACCAUCUAAUCUUCCGUUACCGACGUGCACACAAUUGCUUACCUAGUAAGCGCCCCUGGAACAAUCAUGUUCAUAUUUGGUUUGGGAAGAUAUUGUUGCUAUUGGCUUUGAUAAAUGUACCUUUGGGCAUGCGAAUCAAACGCCCUCCUAUGGCCCUGUAUAUAGUUUACGCUAUUUGGGUGGGUCUUUUGAUAAUUGGUUUCGUUUAUCUGGCAUGUAUGAGAGAUGAAGUGGAGGAAAGGCGACUACUUGAAGAAGAGCAGCGACAGCAAUCACACCUCCCAUCGCCUCAUAUCAUUAAAUCAACAACAGAUGUGGGUCCCGAAGAGACAGUCCUUACUAAAAGCUACGUUGAAGAAAAAGAAGAAAGUGUAUACGGCUGCAGGUUAACAAAAUGCUGUUAAAAUAUCAAGCUGAUCUAUUGCAAUUUUAUUUUUACUCUUGGGUUUUCGAUUAUUAUUCUUUUUGAUCUGGGCAAUAAUGAUACGUUUC